AUGAUUUCCUCCCGCCAGAUUUUCCUUUUGCUCCUCAGAGCUGUUUUUGGGAACGAAAAUGAUUCCGAAAACCCCCGCCCGGAGACAUUCAAAUUGACCAUCGUGCAUACAAAUGAUGUUCACGCUCAUUUUGUGGAAUCUGAUGCAUACGGCAAUGCCUGUAAACCAGAAGGUCCAUGCUACGGCGGAGCAGCUAGAAGAGCAACUUUGAUCAACGAAAUCCGAAGAAACCGUGAAAACCCAGUUCUCGUUCUCGACGCCGGGGACCAAAGUCAAGGCACUCCUUGGUACAACACUUACAAAGGCGCUGCCGCGGCAAAUUUUGUUUCUGUCCUCGGCUACGAUGCGUUUAUUAUCGGAAAUCACGAGUUUGACCGCGGCGUGGACAAUUUCGUCGAGCAUUUUAUCGGUAAUUUCACAGCUGGCAGCAAAGUUCCGAUUCUAUCGGCAAAUAUUGACGCAAAGAACGAGCCUUCUCUCCAAGGCGAAUUCCAGAAGACCCUUUCUCUCGAUAUCGAACAACUAAAGAUCGGAAUAAUCGGCUACACAACGGAAGAAACUCCGGAAAUUUCCGACACAGGAAAUCUCAUUUUCGAAACCGUCAAGGAAGAGAGCGCAAAACUCAGAAUGAGCGAAAAUGCCGAUAUUCUCAUCGGAGUCGGCCAUUACGGUCUGUCAGAGGACAAGCUAAUGGCCAGUCAGGUAGAUCUUGAUGUGAUCAUUGGAGGACACAGCCACAGCUUGAUGUACACGGACCAGCUCGAUAUUGAUCCGAUUGAUGCUGACAAGUCAAAAGGGCCUUAUCCGACGUGGGAGAAAAACGUCCACGGAAAUGAUCUUCCGAUUUGCCACGCAUUCGAAUAUGGAAAAUACUUGGGAGUAGUAGACUUGGAAUUCCACCUCGUUGAUGGAAAAUACGUUCUGCAGAAAGAUCUGGUCCGCGGCGCUCCUAGAAUCCUGGACGAGAAAAUUGAGAAGGACAAGGAUGUUCUCGCUGAAAUCGAGAAAUGGAAAGUCGCGGUCGACCAGCUGACCGAGGAAGAAAUCGGAUACGCUUUAACAUUCUUAGACGGAGACAGAACCAGCUGCCGUCGUCGAGAGUGCACGAUGGCCGGAAAAGUCAAUUACGGGCAGAUGCUGACGGUUUUUCCAUUUGAUGGGUUUUUCGACUCACUUGUGGUCAAUGGGACUAUAUUGAGGCAAACUGUGGAAACCGGGGUGCGGAGAUAUGUCGAAGCUGCAGACUCUAACCCUGGAGAAUUCCUACAGUUCUCAGGCGUCAAAGUCGUUUAUGACAUGGAAAAAGAACCAUUUUCCAGAGUCGCCGAUCUCAAAGUCAAAACUCAGGACGAAACAACUGGAGAACUUUCUUACGCCGAAAUCGUCGAGGAAAAAGAAUACUGCUUUGUUUCGAGCGAUUUCUUGGCUGCGAAGGGAGGUGAUGGAUAUGACUUGCUCAGAGAUCCAGAAAUUCAACUGACUAGAAAACGCCUUGGAAUUGACAUUGAAGUAACUGUGGAAGCAACGAAGCUAUUCUCGCCUAUCAAAAGUGCCUUAGAAGGUAGAAUAACAUUUGCUGAGCCUGCAGAUGACAUUGGAUCGACAACAGAAGCGACGACAGAAGAAACAACUUCUAGUGCCGCUGCUGUAUCUGCUUGUCUCUUAACCUUCGCACUCGCCAUUUUCAAUCAAUGA